AGUAAAAAUGGAAGAUAAACAAGAUUUUGAGUUUAUUUUGCCAUUAAAUAAUGGCGAUUUACUUAAUUCCCGCGGUGACCAGUUCUAUGUGCAGGAAGUCUACACGUCCGCUGAGAUACCCAAGCAUUUACAAACCUGCAAAACUAAAUUGCACCUGGGCGAUCCAUUUUACAUAUUCGAGCACUUUGAUACAUUUUAUUCAAUAAUUGAAUUGAACACAAAUGAUGCCUCUGCACCCAAGUAUCUUUUGCGCUCCUUUGAUUUGCUGUAUGUGACAGUGGAUAAGCUGGCCACGCAGUUAAUGCAACUGCUAACACAGAGCGAGCCGCUGAGUCCAACUGAUCGACAGCGUUGGUUGAAUUUGGUCAAAAUGACGCUCUAUUUAUUUGUAAAUACUGUGAAAAGAAUUGAUGUAGGUGUGCACAAGGCGGUGCAAGAGCAACAGCUAAACCAACAGAAAAAGCGCGGCAAGCAAGUCGACGAGGUGGAAUCCUAUCCCGACUGGGAUGUAAAGCGUGGCAAGUUUCUGGUGCAGCUCUACAAUGUGCUGCAGUGCCCACUGGAGAAGCUCUGGAAUCCCCCCAUUGCCGAUGAGAAUUUUGUGUGCAUGAUAUGUGAUAUAUGUUAUCGCACUUUGGAGCUGGUGCCGCCACGCAAUGAUAAUCAACAUAUACUGGACAGCGUAUUUCAAAUCUUUGGCACUGCCAUCAAGCGCUACAAUCAUGCCAUAACAUUUCCCGCACGUAUUUUGCAAAUCUUGCGCAGCACGGAGCAUGCGGCAAACGCCAUAGCCAAUGGCAUUGUGCUACUAAACGAGCAGUAUAACAUUAGCUCUGUGUUUUCUAUUAUUGUCAAGGAUAUGGUGGAGGAACUGUUGCUGGAUUCUUCCGAUUCGUCAUUGGCGCGCAACUUUUCACAUUUUCUUACGGAGUACUCAGCCAUAGCGCCUCAAAUGAUUAUACCGCAUCUGUCGAAGCAAAUUGAUGAGCUGCUGGACUGUGAAUCGCAUGUGUUGCGCAACUGCGUGCUGCAGAUUAUGGGUGAUGCUGUUGUGAGCGAGCUCACCUCUGAGGAGCUAAGCGAGGAAUUGAAAGAGACGCGCAAUGAGUUUCUGGAUAAUUUGUUGGCCCAUAUUAUGGAUAUAUCUGCACAUGUGCGUACUAAGGUGCUGAAUGUCUGGCAUCGUUUGAAGGAGGAGCAUGCCAUACCGCUGGUCUACAACAACAAGGUUCUAAGCGGUGCUGUUGGUCGCUUGGAUGACAAAAGCUCGCUGGUGCGCAAGUCAGCCAUACAGUUGAUCAAGGCUUUUCUCGAGAACAAUCCAUUUGCGGGCAAGCUGCAGCUAGAGGAGCUGAUCAAAGAGCAUGAGAAGCAGGUGCAGAUUAUGGAUGAGCUGAAUGAUGUGCUUGUCGAGGAGCGCGAGAAAGUAGAGAAACUGGAAAGCGAAUGGGAGGAAUUGGUACCAGAAAUAUUGCCCAUUAUAGAGCAGAAUCUUAGAGAAUUUCCAGAGCUGGAGUAUGAUAAAGAGGAGAUAUAUGACGAUUUGGUGCGCAAAGCACUGCCGCUGAUCUUGGAGAAGAGCUAUAGCGAAGCUUUGGUGGUGGUGCGCAAGGCAGACUAUGUUCAAGGCAAUCAUGAGUUGAGCAAACUGUUGAGCCCAGAAGAGCGUUGUGUGUACUAUCUGGCGCUGUAUAAGACCUUCCUGACUCUUGCAAAGGAUUUUAAAUCAAGUGUGCCUGAAAUGCAGAAGCAAAUUAAGACGGUGCAGUUUCUCAAGGACAGCAUUGAGUUUGCGCAUACUGUGGCCGCUGCAAUCCCCAAAAUAACGCAUUUGCUCAUGUCCAAAACCAAUUCGGAUGUAUUUGAGGCUGUGGAUUUGUUUACCACUGGCUAUUUGUUUGGCAUACGCGGCACAGAGGCGGGCAUGCAACGCAUGUUGCUUUUGGUUUGGAAUCCCGACAAGGAGAAACGCGAUGCCGUAUCGAAUGCCUAUAGCCGCGUAUUGUUUACCUCAAACUUGGAGGGUCGCGCGCAUGCCAUCAAGGUGGUGCAGAAUUUAUCCAACUUUUUGGCCACCAUUGAAUAUGGCCACUAUACAGCGCUUGAGGUGCUCAUGGGCGAGUGGGUGGAGAGCGAUGAUAUCGAUGCGCUUGUUAUUCAAGUGCUGUACGAGCGAUUCACGCUAAAACUCGAAGGCACCAGCGACAAUGAGGCACGUUUGGCGCUGCAGCUGCUCAUUAUGGCCUCGCAGUCCAAGUCGACCAUUGCCUCGGCCAAUCGUGCUAUUAUCGAAGAUAUAUGCACAGGCCAGCGUGCCAAGCGUGAUCCGCGCAUCUUUACCAGCUGUCUGAAAUUGUUGGUAAACGCGGUCAAUAACAAAAACAAUAAUCAUUUCUAUAAGCGUUGUGCCGGCGACAAUAAGUUUGUACAGGAGAUUACCAGCAUGUUCUUCGGCUUCUUCUUUCAUCCACAAUUGCCGGACUUUGAUGCGUUGGCCAUGAGCUUGCUGGAGUAUUAUUAUCGCAUGUGCCAAGGGCCGGAUUUGCUGGCGGAGCAGCUGAUACGAGAGUUGCUUAAACGCUUCACCGACAGUUGGAUAGUGUUGCAGGAUGUGAAUGCAGGGGAGCAGCCAGAGCUUCCAUUGACGCAGACCACCGAGGUGCCCUACUCACAGCCGCUGCCACAAUCACAAUCGCAGACCUUGAGUCAAACACAAUCGCAGCCAACGCAGUCGCAGCAGCAGCAACAGGCACGCAUGCGUGUUUAUCUGGUAACACGCUUUAUCUUCUGCGUGGGCUACAUGACGAUUAAGGAAAUGAUCUUCUUGGACAUAGACGUGUACAACAAUAUGAAGUAUAGGGAGGAGCUCACGGCAGCAGAGGAGAAAAACAAGCGCCUGGCACCGGCAGCUUUGAAUACACUGCGCCGUCAGACCAUCAACUCCUCGGCCAUGGAGGUGCGCAAGCGUUUGUCCAAUGUGGCCGCAGAGCCACAGCAGGAGCCCGACGAGGACUUGGUGGGCGCGACUGCAGAGGAUAAUAUAGCUGAGGAAAUCAACACCAUAUGCGAGGAUAUGCUGCUCUAUAAUCCAGAUGCGUACUUGUCCAAAAUUUAUCCAAUUAUUAUUGAGAUUUGCAAACGUCCCGGCGAAUAUCGCAAUGCGGAGCUGCAGCAGUCGGCAACGCUGGCGCUGGCACGUCUGAUGACCGUUUCAUCCAAGUUCUGCGAAUCCAACAUGUCCUUCCUCAUGAACAUACUCGGCAUGACCAAGAAUAUGAAGAUCAAGUGCAACACUGUUGUGGGCCUAUCCGAUCUGACGUUCCGCUUUCCCAACAUUAUCGAUCCAUGGACGAAAUACUUUUAUGCGCAGCUCCAUGAAAAGGACACAGAUCUGCGGCUUACGGCAGUUAAGAUGUUGUCGCAUCUGAUACUACACGAAAUGAUACGGGUCAAGGGUCAAAUAGCAGACCUGGCUGUCUGCAUUGUGGAUGAGAGCGCCGAGAUACGCGACAUAACGCAACAGUUCUUCAAGGAAAUUGCAAACAAGUCGAAUAUAUUGUAUAAUGUGCUGCCCGACAUAAUAUCCAAAUUGGGUGACAUUAAUCUACAUCUGCAUGAGGAUAAGUAUCGCACCAUUAUGCGCUAUGUGCUGGGACUCAUACAAAAGGAUCGCCAGAUUGAGACGCUUGUGGAGAAGCUCUGCCUGCGCUUUCCAGUUGCGCGCGUGGAGCGUCAAUGGCGCGACAUUGGCUACUGCCUCAGCCUGCUUAGCUACAACGAGCGCGCCAUCAAGAAGCUCAUUGACAAUGUGCAGCAUUAUCGCGACAAGGUGCAGGUGGAUGAGGUGUACAGUUUCUUCAAGCUCAUCAUAAGCAACACCAACAAGCUGGCCAAGCCGGAGCUUAAGGCUGUGGUGGCCGAGUUUGAAACGCGCCUCAACGAAUGCCUGCAGGUCAACGAGCCAGGCGAGGCCGCCGGCAACGAAGCGGGCGCCACCACCAAUGAAACGCGUGUGAAUCGCACCAAGGCACCAAGCAGACCCGGCACCAAACCACGCGGACGCAGAGCUGCCGCCGUCGCCGCAAGCAGCAACACUACCAGACGUGGUCGCAAUACGCGCGUGGAGUCCAGCUCUGAGGAGCAAAGUGAUGACAGCGAUGAGAACUCACCGCCACCUGCUGCACGCUCACAAAAGCAGCAGCAGCCGCCGCAGUCCAGACGCAAAAAGACUGCCGCCAACUCAAGCGAAAGCGAGGAGGAAGUUGAGCAGCAGCGCAGCUCAACAGCGCGUAAUAGAAGCUCACGCGCUCGUAGAUAAAAUAAACAAAUAACCUUUUAAUUGAUUUUAA